GGGGGCUCGGGAGAGGGGCACGCCAAGCCCCGCAAAGCCUUCCCGGUCAUCGGCAUCGACUACAAGCACGUCCGCAUCCCCUUCGAGAUCUCCCUCUGGAUCCUCCUGGCCUGCCUCAUGAAGCUGGGCUUCCACGUGAUCCCGUCAGUGUCCAGCAUCGUUCCCGAGAGCUGCCUGCUCAUCGUGGUGGGCCUGCUGGUUGGGGGGCUCAUCAAAGGGGUGGGUGAGAAGCCCCCCAUCCUCAAGUCGGACAUCUUCUUCCUCUUCCUGCUGCCCCCCAUCAUCCUGGAUGCCGGCUACUUCCUGCCCCUGCGCCCCUUCACCGAGAACCUGGGCACCAUCCUCAUCUUCGCCGUGGUGGGGACGCUGUGGAACGCCUUUUUCCUGGGGGGGCUGAUGUACGCCGUGUGCCAGCUGGGCGGCCCCGGCCUCAACCACAUUGGCCUCCUGGCCAACCUGCUCUUCGGCAGCAUCAUCUCGGCCGUGGACCCGGUGGCCGUGCUGGCCGUCUUCGAGGAGAUCCACAUCAACGAGCUGCUGCACAUCCUGGUCUUCGGGGAGUCCCUGCUCAACGACGCCGUCACCGUGGUCCUCUACCACCUCUUUGAGGAGUUUGCCAGCUUCGAGCAGGUGACCAUCCUGGACAUCAUCCUGGGCUUCCUCAGCUUCUUCGUGGUGUCUCUGGGCGGAGUCCUGGUGGGCGUCAUUUACGGGGUGAUCGCUGCCUUCACGUCGCGCUUCACCUCGCACAUCCGCGUCAUCGAGCCGCUCUUCGUCUUCCUCUACAGCUACAUGGCCUACCUGUCUGCAGAGCUCUUCCACCUGUCGGGCAUCAUGGCGCUCAUCGCUGCUGGCGUGGUCAUGAGGCCCUAUGUGGAAGCCAACAUCUCCCACAAGUCCCACACCACCAUCAAGUAUUUCCUCAAGAUGUGGAGCAGUGUGAGCGAGACCCUCAUCUUCAUCUUCCUGGGUGUCUCCACCGUGGCUGGUCACCACUACUGGAACUGGACCUUCGUCAUCAGCACGCUGUUCUUCUGCCUCAUCGCCAGGGUGCUGGGUGUCCUUGUCCUCACCUGGUUCAUCAACAAGUUCCGGAUCGUGAAGCUGACGCCGAAGGACCAGUUCAUCAUCGCCUACGGGGGCCUGCGGGGAGCCAUCGCCUUCUCCCUGGGCUACCUGCUGGACUACCACCACUUCGACAUGAGGGACAUGUUCCUCACUGCCAUCAUCACUGUCAUCUUCUUCACCGUCUUCGUGCAGGGCAUGACCAUCCGGCCCCUGGUGGAUCUGCUGGCUGUGAAGAAGAAGCAGGAGACAAAGCGCUCCAUCAACGAGGAGAUCCACACGCAGUUCUUGGAUCACCUUCUGACAGGGAUCGAGGAUAUCUGUGGUCACUACGGGCAUCACCACUGGAAGGACAAGCUGAACCGCUUCAACAAGAAGUACGUGAAGAAGUGCCUGAUUGCAGGGGAGCGCUCCAAGGAGCCCCAGCUCAUCGCCUUCUACCACAAGAUGGAGAUGAAGCAGGCCAUCGAGCUGGUGGAGAGCGGGGGCAUCGGCAAGAUCCCCUCUGCCGUCUCCACCGUCUCCAUCCAGAACAUCAACCCUCAGACCCUCCCUUUGGAGCGUGUACUUCCAGCCCUGUCCAAGGACAAGGAGGAGGAGAUCCGGAAAAUCCUCCGCACCAACCUGCAGAAAACCAGGCAGAGGCUGCGAUCCUACAACCGGCACACGCUGGUGGCCGACCCCUACGAGGAGGCCUGGAACCAGAUGCUCCUGCGGAGGCAGAAGGCCCGGCAGCUGGAACAGAAGAUGAACAACUACCUGACGGUGCCAGCACACAGGGUGGACUCGCCCACCAUGUCCCGGGCUCGCAUCGGCUCAGACCCGCUGGCCUACGAGCCCAAGGAGGACUCGGAGAACCUGCCCAUCAUCACCAUCGACCCCGCCUCGCCGCAGUCCCCCGAGUCCGCGGAGCUGACGAGCGAGGAGCCCAAGGGCUGCAGCGGCCUCCCGCCCUCGCCCGAGGAGGAUGAGGAGGGGCUGGUGAUGCGGGUGAAGGAGCCUUCCUCCCCGGGGACUGACGACGUCUUCACCCCAGGGAACAGCGACAGCCCCAGCAACCAGCGGAUGCUGCGGUGCCUGAGCGACCCCGGCCCGCGGCCGGAGCCCGAGGAGGGGGAGCCCUUCAUCCCCAAGGGGCAGUAGCUGCUGGCACAAAGCCUCCAGGUCGUUUCUCGCUCUCUUCACUCAUUCGUUCUUUGCUCUCCUUUUUGGUUUCUCGUCACUACACACCGGGUUCAGGAAGGGGAGCCUGUCCUGGAUGGACUGGGAUUGCCAGGACAGCUCUGCCCAGCGAGCCCUGGGCUGGCCCCAAGGAGCAGGAAGGAGGCCUGGGAUGCCCCGGGCUGCUUGGGCCGCGUGCCCUGGGGGUGAUGGACGAUUUUCCGCCCGGGAUUGGGAUUUGCCGGUGCCUCACAGCCCCCGCGGGGCUCUCCAGAGGUGCCCACCCACUCAGGACCUGGCCGGCUCCGACCAGGGGUGUCCACAUGGCACAGCUUCCCCUCCCCCUCUUGUGCUGUAUUGCCCCCUCGCCUUGCUGUGAGCAGAGAUGGGACAGCAGGAGCUGUCACGGGUUGCACACAUGCACAGACACACAGACACACAGACACACACACACUGGCACACA